AUGGGAAAUUUUGUUGGACCAAGAAAAAAAUUAUCAAGAGAAGAUUUAACAUUUCUUAAAGAGAAUACACAUUUUACUAAACGACAAAUUAAACAAUGGUAUAAUGGAUUUAUACGUGAUUGUCCAUCAGGUCAAUUAAGUAAAAAGAAAUUUAUUGAAGUGUAUUCUGGAUUUUUCCCUGAUGGUAAUGCGGAAAAAUUUUGUACACAUGUAUUUCGUACAUUCGAUAAAGAUAAUUCUGGUCGAAUUGAUUUUAAAGAAUUUUUAUUAGCUAUUAAUAUAACAUCAGGUGGUGAUCCAGAAGAGAAAUUAGAAUGGGCUUAUCAAAUGUAUGAUAUUGAUGGUAAUGGUACUAUAGAACGAACUGAAAUGGUUGAAAUUAUUCGAGCUAUUUAUUCAAUGCUUGGUACAGAUAAUACAGCUGUGGAUAUUAGUCCAGAAGCUAGAGCUGAAGAAAUAUUUGAAAAAAUGGAUGAAAAUGGUGAUGGUGUAUUAACACGUGAAGAAUUUAUGAAAGGAUGUAUGGAAGAUAGUCAACUUAAAGCUAUGCUAUUAGCUGAUGAUCCAAUUGAAUAAAAAGAAGAAAAGAAGAACAAUCAUUAUAUAAAUAAUCAACAAUAACCCAUCCAAAAUGAAUCAUCUGUAAACAAACAAGCAAACAAACAAAGAAUUCUAUAACGAACCAUUUCUUUUUAGCAUCAUCAUCAUUAUCAUCAUCAUGAGUAUAGAUUAUUCAUAUUCAUCUAUUUUUCGAAUUAGCGUAUUCUACAGCGUGUUAGUAUUCUAUAUGAGAUAGAGUCACUAACUUCAUUCCCAACCCACCCCUUCUUUUUUAUCUGAGCUUAGGACUGGCAGUAGUUCCAGAGGUCCUCGAGGUGGAAUUCAUAUACAUAUAUAUAUAUAUAUAUAUAUAUAUAUAUAUAUUCUUCUAAAUAAUGUUUCAUAUCUUUCUCAUAUUUGUUUUAAUAAAUUUUAAAAAAUUUUCAGGCGGUUCAUUCAAAACUUCACGAUACAUGAAAUUUCCUCAUCUCCUCUUUUGAAUAUUUGCAUAUUUCAUUGAAUCUAUUCAUAUAAAAAGUAUAUUAUAAUUAUGUAAUACACAUUUCAUAUAGACAUUUAUAGAAAUCCAUUGAAUAGAAUGAAUCAAUAAAGAGUGAAUAAUAAUACAUAUGCCAUAGUAACCGUUUAUUUCCUUUAAUCAUUUCUUGGAUGACGUUUAGUGAUAUUCAUGCCUAGUUCAUUUAUUUAUUUGGUUAGUUGCUAAGGUGAUAAAUGUAUUUUUGGUAUGAGUUUUCUUCUUUUUUUUCUUUUCUCGUUUUUUUUGUUUUUGAUUUUCAAUUUCUUCCUCUAAUUCAACAUCAUGAUGACACUUACCAAAAAAAAGAAAGAAAAACACCAACAAUGACGUAACAUCUUUUCUUUUAUUCUUUAUUCUCUAUUCAUCAAUCAUCAAUGAUCCAUUGAAUAUAAGAUCAUUCAUUAUAGAAAAGUUUCAUAUGAUGAUUAAAUGGAAGAUUUUAUUCUAAAUAAAGUACAUUGACAAGAUUUCUAAUCUAAAGUUAUAAUUGUAGAAUUAAACAAUAGGGCAAACUAACUAUUCAAGUUUCAAUAGAUUCAUCAUAUUACCUAUUGAAAUGAUGAUCAUAUCCACACAUACACACACACAUACACACAAACCCCUUCUUUCUGAUGAUGACAUAAUAAAUAAGCAUUGGAUUGUUUCAUUUUCUUUCUAUAUAUAUAUAUUGGUUAACUUGUUUAUUAUCAGAAGGGGUUUUGUGUAACAUCAAUAUAGAAACAAUAAAUGACUAUUCAAUCAGUAUUUGUAAGAUUUGAUAAUUGUGCAUUUCUUUUCUCUCGUUUUUUUCUGUUUUUUUUUUAAAAAAAGAAAAACUUUAAGAAAACAGGGUGAACCUUUUCAAAAUAUACCAUUCCCCCCCCCUCUCACUCACUCACUCACUCACUCACACAUUGUUACUCACUGACCCUCAGCCACCCACCCACUCACUCACCCACUCCCUCACUCGCUCACUCACUCUUACCCUCGCUAUUAUUAUAAAUGAAACCUUAAAAUGUAUAUUUUUUUUCGUUUGUCUUACAUAACUCAUUAAAUUUUACUCAUAUUCUUAUUAUUAUUGUAAAUAAUUGAUUAUAUAAUCAAGCAUAGUAACAAAAAUACCCAUUCUAUUCUUAUUGUAUGAAUAUAUACAUAUAUACAUUUGAUUGUAUACAAAAUAAAAUUGAGAUAACAA